AGCUCCCUCCUCCAUGCGUAAAUUAUGUAGGGCAGGACGGGAAUGCAUUGUACCCCCGUUCCAUUUGAGAAAAACCCCGGCCGGUGAAUGUGAGCACAACCAAAAAAGGGGGAAUUCAAUUCUGACAAAGCCACCUUCGUCUUCUUCCUCCUCUUCUUCGUUUUGACAGAGGCGGAGUGGCGCAUCACGACCUGUCUAUUGUGAAGCCAAGGAGAAGAAAAGAUGGACAUCACGGACCAAGGAGCCCAAAUGGAGCCGCUCUUACCAACGGAACAAAGUUCCCAAGAAAAUGCAGAUGUGAGAACUGAUGAGGAGGCGGUGGUGGACCGCGGGGGCACACGCUCCAUGCUCAACACCAACUUUGAGAAAGAAGAGCUCGAAGGUCACCGCACUCUCUACAUCGGGGUCCAUGUGCCCCUGGGCAGGAGGUCGCACCGACGUCACCGCCACCACGGACACAGACACAGGAAGAGGUCCAAGGAGAGGGACUCCUCGGCCGAGGAUGAACGAGAAUCCCCCUCGCACACAGACACACCAGCCCAGAGGGUGCAGUUUCUCCUGGGGACAGAGGAUGGGGACGAGGAACACAUCCCCCACGCCCUGUUUACCGAGCUGGAUGAAAUCUGUCUCAGGGAGGGAGAGGACGCAGAGUGGAAAGAGACAGCCAGGUGGUUAAAGUUUGAGGAGGAUGUGGAGGAUGGCGGUGAGCGGUGGAGUAAACCAUAUGUAGCCACUCUGUCUCUACACAGUCUUUUCGAGCUCCGCAGCUGCAUCAUGAACGGCACUGUGAUGCUGGACAUGAGGGCCAACUCGCUGGAGGAGAUUGCAGACAUGGUUCUGGAUCAGCACGAGGCGUCGGGCCCCGUCGGUCAGGAUGCCAGGAAGAGGAUCCGCGAGGCCCUGCUCAAACAGCACCACCACCAAAACCACAAGAAACUGGCCAACCGCAUCCCCAUUGUCCGCUCCUUUGCUGAUAUCGGCAAGAAGCAGUCAGAACCUCAUUCCAUGGACAAGAAUGGCCAAACGGUCUCACCUCAGUCCCAGCCGGCCAACAACGAGGGCAAACAGGACGUCAGCCGAGAAAACAGUGCUGUGGACUUCAGCAAGAUUGACCUCCACUUCAUGAAGAAGAUCCCUCCCGGUGCUGAGGCGUCCAACGUCCUGGUGGGGGAGCUGGAAUUCCUCGACCGCCCCGUUGUGGCUUUUGUCCGUCUGUCCCCCGCCGUGCUGCUCAACGGCCUGGCUGAGGUUCCCAUCACCACCAGGUUUCUUUUCAUCCUGCUUGGCCCUCUGGGAAAAGGUCCACAGUAUCAUGAAAUUGGCCGGUCUAUUGCCACGCUGAUGACUGAUGAGGUUUUCCACGAUGUUGCGUACAAAGCCAAAGACAGGAACGACCUGGUGGCCGGCAUCGAUGAGUUUCUGGACCAGGUGACGGUGUUGCCCCCUGGAGAGUGGGACCCCUCCAUCAGGAUAGAGCCUCCCAAAAAUGUGCCCUCUCAGGAAAAGCGUAAGCUUCCUCCCGUUCCCAACGGUGUGACGGAUCUUGGAGAGUUGGAGGAUCACGGAGGGCACGGUGGCCCUGAGCUGCAGCGCACAGGGAGAUUGUUUGGUGGCUUGAUCCUGGACAUCAAACGAAAGGCCCCCCACUACCUGUCCGACUACACGGAUGCCCUGAGCCUGCAGUGUCUGGCCUCCUUCCUCUUCCUCUACUGCGCCUGCAUGUCACCUGUCAUCACCUUCGGAGGACUCCUGGGGGAGGCCACAGAGGGUCGUGUGAGCGCUAUCGAGUCUCUGUUCGGAGCCUCCAUGACUGGAAUAGCCUACUCUCUUGUAGCGGGUCAGCCUCUCACCAUCCUGGGCAGCACGGGGCCCGUUCUCGUCUUUGAGAAGAUCCUCUUCAAGUUCUGCAAGGAGUAUGAACUCUCCUACCUCUCCCUGAGGGCCUGUAUCGGCCUGUGGACGGCCUUCUUCUGUCUGCUGCUGGUGGCCACUGAUGCCAGCUCACUUGUCUGUUACAUCACACGCUUCACUGAGGAAGCUUUUGCUUCUCUUAUCUGCAUCAUCUUCAUCUACGAGGCCCUUGAGAAGCUUCUCCACCUGGGGACGCAUUACCCCAUCAAUAAAAACAACAAUCUCCAGACGCUCACACAAUACUCAUGUGCGUGUGUGGAGCCCAGAUACCCCAGCAAUAAGACUCUACAGUUCUGGGAGGAGAGGAACGUCACAUCCUCACAGGUCAACUGGACCAUGCUGGAGGUCAAGGAGUGCGAGAUGUUGCACGGCGAGUUCGAGGGCACCGCCUGUGGCCCCCACGGGCCCUACGUCCCUGACGUCCUCUUCUGGUGCGUGGUCCUCUUCUUCUCCACCGUCCUCAUGUCCGCUUUCCUCAAGGAGUUCAAGACGAGUCGUUACUUCCCGACCAAGGUUCGAGCCAUCAUCAGCGACUUUGCCGUCUUCAUCACCAUCCUCACUAUGGUUCUUGUGGAUUACGCCCUGGGGAUCCCCUCACCUAAAUUACAGGUCCCCGACCAGUUCAGACCAACCAGAGACGAUCGUGGCUGGCUCAUAAACCCUGUGGGGCCCAACCCCUGGUGGACCACCAUCAUCACCUUCAUCCCAGCUCUGCUCUGCACCAUCCUCAUUUUCAUGGACCAGCAGAUCACGGCCGUCAUCAUAAACAGGAAGGAGCACAAACUGAAGAAAGGCUGUGGCUAUCACCUGGACCUGUUUGUGGUGGGGGUGAUGCUGGGAGUGUGCUCUGUGAUGGGCCUGCCGUGGUUCGUGGCAGCUACCGUGCUCUCCAUCUCCCACGUGAACAGCCUGAAGCUGGAGUCUGAGUGCUCCGCCCCCGGGGAGCAGCCCAAGUUCCUGGGCAUCCGAGAGCAGCGCUUCACCGGCCUCAUGAUCUUCACGCUGAUGGGCUGCUCCGUGUUCAUGACCUCCGUGCUGAAGUUCAUCCCCAUGCCCGUGCUGUACGGGGUCUUUCUCUACAUGGGGGCUUCCUCACUCAGAGGUAUUCAGUUCUUUGACCGACUGAAGCUGUUCGGCAUGCCGGCCAAACAUCAGCCAGACUUCAUCUACCUUCGCCACGUCCCUCUGAGGAAGGUGCACCUCUUCACCAUCGUCCAGCUCACCUGCUUGGCCCUGCUGUGGAUCAUCAAGACGUCCAAAGCUGCCAUCGUCUUCCCCAUGAUGGUCCUGGCCCUGGUGUUCAUCCGUAAGCUGUUGGACUUCGGCUUCACCAAGAGGGAGCUGAGCUGGCUGGACGACCUGAUGCCCGAGUGGAAGAAGAAGAAGUUGGAGGAUGCGGCAGAAGAGGAGGAGCCCAGUAUUAUUGUAGAGGAGGAAGGCAUCGUGCAAUUGCCACUGGAGGGACCCUACAAGAGUGACCCAGCCACGGUGAACAUCACUGACGAGAUGUCCAAAGGUUCCUUCGGGAAUGUGUGGAAGAGCGUCAGCCCUGUGGAGAGCACCAAGAAGGAACCAAGCGCAAAGAGCUCCCCUUCCUAACCUCUCAGAAGCUGAUAUCCCAAAGUUGUUCCAGAGGCGGUGAAAAGCGCGAAAAGCGCCAGAAGCGGCGGAGGCACGACAAGAGCUUGGACAGGGAGACAAGUUUGUGAUGACACAUACUGGCGCUGCCAUUGUGCUGUUGAUCAGUCGAACAAAAAACUAAAAAUCUGUACCGUGCCACACUCAAUCACCUUUGUACUGUGCUACACUGUGUUUUUGUCAUGUAAGUCUGUGUGAAAGUUGUGUAAAAUUACAAAUUUGUUAGAAACAGUAUUAAUGCUGAGGAGCCGAGACACAUCUGUGUUCUUUUUCUAUGUAAUUCAGUGUUUGGUGAUACCAGCAACAAUAGGAAUCUAGAAUUAUACGACACUUACAGUAACUGCUGAGUUGACGGGCCAAUUACACAAACAUUUUAAACAAUUUUUAAAUCCAUUUGAUUUGUAUUUUGUAUGUUUUUAUAUUUUUCCAAUAUGACUCCUUUUAAAAAGCUGCCACAGGAAACCCACACUGUGUAUUUUGAAUGCAGCAUUUAUUGACUUUAUGCACCUCACAGUAGAAUCACUAAAGAGUAGAUUUGCAGAUACUAAUCUAUUUCAGUUUUGUCUAAAAGAGUUGGCAACAUAGCGAAUCUAGUACCAUUUCUUUUUAAAGUAUUAAAUAUACAUUUUAUAUAUUCUGUAUAUCUAAAUGUUUUUGUGACAGUGACAGCUCAUAUCACUCCAGGUUUCUCCGUUGCUCUUUUACAUACGAGUGUCGCUCCUCCGGUAAAGUAUUUCCCCCGGUCACUUAUUUGGGCCUUAUAUAUUUGGGCCAUAUUGAAGGAAGAAAUUGCGAUUUGGAGAAAAAUAUGGUAGUAAAAGUCGUAAUUGAGUAAAAAGUCAUAAUUUAAUGAGAAAAGAACUUGUAAUAAUCCAAGAAUAAAGUAAAUACACUUAUAGGAAAAGCUUUUGCUUUUUAACUUUAUUCACGUGAGAUUCAGACUUUGUCUCUUCAAAAUUUUACAUCUGUAUUCUCUUAAUAUUGUGACUUUAUUCUUGUAAUAUUACAACAGUUUUUUCCCUUUAAGUGGCCCUCACGUGUCAAAUGUUGCUUAGCUCAGCAUAAAGGCUAAAAAGCUCCACCAGUCAACUCUUUAUAUCUCUUUUGUUUUAUCUGGACAAAGAGUUAAGUGUAAAAACAUUUUUGAAAUUUUGUGUAUUUUCUUGGCUUGUUGGUGUCGCUGCAUAUUUGACCGCUCCGAUAAAUCUCCUCAUCUUAACAAGAGAGCAUAUUUUCUCAAAACUAUUUCUUUGAGGACAGCAGGGGCAGUUUAUUGGAAAAUUACGUUUUGUGAGCUGGCACAUAGUUUGGAAAAACUAUGUGCAGAAAGCUCUGUGUUUUCCACCUGCCUACUAGUCCUCAUCUUGUCAGUAAGUGUCAUCCAGGGACAUGUGAUCUCCUCUCCAAACGACCCUCGGCAUGUGUUAGCAGCGGAAGCAAAUUGUUUUGAGGAAAAUAAACGACCAUCUCGCCGCAGAACCUCGGUUUCUUCUAGAGAUGCAAUAAUACCUUUUUUCUGGGAAGGGCAACAUGUAAUAAACGGUGAAGAGUCGUAACAAUGUAUAAUACAUAGUAUAUUUUAUUCAUGUAAAAUGUUACUAAUAUAUUACUAACAUGAAGUCAGUGUUGAAGGCAGGAUUUUGUUGUAGAUGUUCUUUUCCAUUGUCUUAUUGAUGGUUCUUAGUUGAUUAGAGACACUUAAAAUGGGUCAAAAUUAUAUCAAAUCAAUUCAUUUGACCACGUCUUUGUGGAAUUCUGCCUUAAAUUUGGUAGUGAUAGAUGAUGUACACUUUCUGUUUGAUCAUUUAAGUCACAUGUAUAGAAUGUUCAGUUCAGAUCCGUUGUUCAACUGUGAUUCGUUUCAUGAGAAUGUGAGAGAGAGAGAGAGAGAGAGGGCGAGUGAGAGCAUAAAUAAAGACAUUGAAAAAACUA